GGUUUUGGAACGGAUGUUGGAAGAUGUUAGCUGUGGAUACGGGGGUUGUGGAGGAGUGGUUAUCAGAGUUCAAGACACUGCCAGAAGCAUCCAUAUCCAGCUAUGCUACAAACUUGAAGGACAAGACUGCUUUGAUUUCAUCUCUUUACAAAGUAAUUCAGGAGCCACAGAGUGAACUUCUGGAGCCAGUUUGCCAUCAGCUCUUUGAGUUCUAUCGCAGUGGCGAGGAACAAUUGCUACGAUUUACGCUGCAGUUUCUACCGGAAUUGAUGUGGUGCUAUCUUGCUGUCUCAGCAAGCAGAGAUUUGCAGAGCAGUGGAUGCAUAGAGGCUCUUCUCCUAGGAGUUUAUAACUUGGAGAUAGUUGACAAAGAGGGACAUAGCAAAGUGCUGAGUUUCACAAUUCCGUCUUUGUCCAAACCUUCAGUCUAUCAUGAACCUUCCAGCAUUGGCUCCAUGGCUCUUACUGAAGGAGCUUUAUCACAGCAUGGUUUGUCCAGGGUUGUAUACAGCGGACCUCAUCCUCAGAGGGAGAUGUUAACAGCACAGAACAGGUUUGAAGUGCUGACUUUCCUUCUGCUCUGUUACAAUGCUGCCUUAAGCUACAUGCCUGCAGUUUCUCUUCAGUCGUUGUGUCAAAUUUGUUCAAGAAUUUGUGUCUGCGGAUAUCCUCGCCAACAAGUGAGAAAAUACAAGGGAGUCAACUGUAGGAUUCCAGUUUCAUCUGAAUUCAUGGUGCAAAUGCUAACAGGGAUUUAUUAUGCAUUUUACAAUGGAGAAUGGGAUCUGGCUCGUAAAGCUAUGGAUGACAUUUUGUAUAGAGCACAGCUGGAACUGUAUCCAGAACCUUUGCUGGUUGCUAAUGCAAUAAAAGCUUCACUGCCUCAGGGUGCCAUGAAAUCUAGUAAAGAAGGUACAAGAUGCAUUCAAGUUGAAAUUACACCUACUUCAUCCAGAAUAUCAAGAAAUGCCGUGACUAGCAUGUCUAUCCGAGGGCACAGAUGGAAAAGGCAUGGUAAUACUGAUUUAGCAAUGCAAGAAGAACUGAUAGAAGUGUCUGAAACUGAUGAAGGGUUUUACUCUAGGGCUACUUCUAGUACAAGUCAGUCUGCCCUAUCUAACAGCAGCAACAUGAGCGGUAAAAACCUUUUGGGGAAGAGCCAACGAAGGUCUGGAGGAAGCAAAGCCGGAGGAAAAGAAAAAGAAGGAGAAACCUGCAGAGAACACUUGUCACGAAAACAAACUCAGAGAGCCAUGAGUGAGAAUCUAGAGCUUGUCUCUCUGAAGAGACUGACACUGACAACUAGCCAGUCCCUGCCUAAGCCUGGCAGCCAUAGUCUGGCCAGAACGACCACUACUGUGUUUAGUAAAUCCUUUGAACAGGUCAGUGGUGUCACAGUUCCAAAUAACCGUGGUGGUGUAUCUGGUACAGAGGCAAACAGGUUUUCAGCUUGCAGUCUUCAGGAGGAAAAACUGAUAUACGGAACAGAAAGAACAGAUCUUCCGAUUUUAAGCAAGCAACCUAAUCAGCAGCGACCUCCUAGUAUUAGCAUAACUUUGUCAACAGAUUGAUAUUAAAUUGGCAAGUAUGAAAAAUAAAAUAUUGAGGGUUUAUGCUGAUAUUGGUACAUUGGUACAUUAAGCUUCUUAAUAUGCUAUACAUACUUUCUUAAACCUCAAGCCCAUAAAUUCUUAUUUGGCUCGCAUUUAACAGUAAUAGUGAAUAGACAACAGUUGUAAUUAUUUUGCGUCAAUUUCUAAUAGCUUGGAACGUUCCUCUUUGACUUACUGUGUUUAUGCACCUGAUUGCUUACGGCUUCAUGUGAAGCUUACAGCUUUACCAGUUUAACAAGAUUGGUCAUUUAGCCACUGACGGAGAUGUGUGGCUUUUUGCAGAUGCACAGUACGGGAACAAAUAGAGCCUCUUUCCCAGAUUCUACUUUUUUGGUACCACUUGGCAUAGGCAAAACCGCAAGUACUUGUCUUAUUUAAGAGGACUCUCGCAGCGUGGGCAUGAAACUUUGGAACAGCAUUGUAAGAACAAACAUUCUCUUAUGUUAGCCAUGAGAAAGCUGUGCUUACAUGUAAGGUUAAAGCUAGAAGCAUCAGUUCAGUGUUUGAUGUUAUGGCAGUUUUUGUAAUAGUAGUUAGUACACAUUGCAGUGUUCAUACUUCUUUAUGCCUAUGAGUCUGAAUUACAGAUGCAUUUUGGUUUUUCUAUACGUCUUUGAAACUGGGCCAAAAGUCAUACAGCAGCACUUGUGGAUCGGAGUUCUUAUCAGUUGCUAUAGUAGUCACUCUUUAGACUUACAAAUUGUGUGACAGACUGACUUUCUUUCAGAUACUUAAAUAUCAGCCACAAAGCUAUUCAUUGAAAAGUCGCUGUCAUCAGUGUUUUUAUUUAUGUGCUUAUGUAACAAUGUUAUGUAGGAAAUAAGGUAUGAGCCCUUUGCACUGACUCAAGCAAAUCAGGAGUGUGAACGUGUUUAACAUGAACUUCUUACUUGACACUAAGAGAAUACUACCAAAGGAUGUGUACUUUCAGUAAUUUGCAAGCACAAAGGGAAAUUAUAAUGUAAAUAUAACUAGCACUGUAAUUCCUAGUCUUUUAUAUCUCUUAUUUUUCUAGUUUGAAAUUCUAAAACAGCAGUCUGUUUAAGGUUACCUAACCUUUAACCUGCAGUUAAUUUGGUGACCUUGUUUGAUACCAACUUUUAUAACAUUAAGAUUUUAAUUAAAAAUGGACAUUAAAACUUCUUAUGCAGAAAUUUGGAGAAGCAAUAGCUGACAAAACCACUCCAGUAGCACUGAUUAGCUGAUAAACAGACGAUAUAUUAUUAUGGGUGGAGAAAUAGGAUGAAGAUCUAAGGCAUAGUCAUUCCCAACUGUCCAGAUUUCUGCAGCUAGUGAUCCCUUAUUGUCAAGAACCUGGUAACAAAACAAACACUAAAAUUCUGGUGGACUUUCCUAUUUUCCUGAAGAUAAGUUUAGAUAUCCCUUUUUGACUUAAACUGAAGCACAAGUAACUUUUAAGCAGCUAAUGUUAUUCAGGUUUAUAGCAAUUAAUAAGCUGGUUAAUUAAUGAUGAGAUGAGGAGACAUAGUUGAUAGGGAAAAGUAAGUUGUAUAAUUCUACUUCUAGGACUGCAGGCUCUGUGUGUACAUUUCUUAAUAUUCACCAAAGUCUGUGGAAUAGCUGCAUCAGUCUAUAGAUGUCUGUCUUCACCUGAGAGCCUGAGUUUAAAUGAAUGUGCUGCACUUUCUCAUUCUUCAGGUUGUUGUGUGACACUGUUCUGUUCUAGUAAUGCAGUAUUUCCCCUUUUUACAGUGAAGUGUUUUCUUAAUUGUACGUGGAAACUUACAGUCCUAAUGUAUAAACUAAAGUUUGUCCUGUUUAGUGCUUAAUACUUUGGCCAGUGAAAUAAACUGGUUCUUUGAAGUUGUAUGUUUUUGUAAAUACUUUGUACAGCACAAAAUUUUGCCUCUUUUUUACAGGUUUUUCUGGAAUACACAUUAGACAGCACAUUUGUUUAAGAUUGACUAAUACAUGUGGCUGCUGGAGCAUGCAUAACCACAAGCAGUAGAAGGGGUUUAGGCAGCUGAUAGCAGAUGUUGGCUAGCACUACGCAUACUGAAUGUAGAGCUCUUCCUUUCCUUGAAAUUUGUUCUAGAUGUUAAGAAGAAAUAACCUGCAGAACUUACAGCUGCCUGCUGAUCUGCUCUUGCAGCGUAGCAUUUAGGAAUACUUUGGAAACACUUUACAGUAAUUAAAAUUGAAACAUAAACUAGAACAAAUAAACAGAAUUGCAAUUGACAAAUGUUUGUUUUGAACAGUAUUAAUUGUGAGUUAGUGUUGAGGGACUAGAAUUUUUAAGUAAUUCUACUGGUUUUGUUUUGUUUCAUUUAGUUCAUGACUGUUAUCUCCACAGACACUCUUUCAAGCUGGGUGUUGGUGUAAAAGAUGUUUAUUAUACUGGGAAGAUUUAGUCACUUUAGCUAUAAAUAAUUAGAAUUUUGAAGGAUCUACAAUGCCAUAAAAUGUAGAUAUGUAACAUAAUGUUUACAAUACUGUUGGCUACAAGUCACAGUGUUAAAGUAAAGUUAGUUUAUCCAUUUAUUUUAUCCAGCUAAUUAUUCUAACUGUGGUCUGGCUUGAACCCAAGGCAUAGGCUCAUAUUGGUACAACUGAAAUUACAUAAAUCUUCAUACUUUUCUGAGAAAAUGAUAAAAGGAAAGGUUCUUGAUGCUAAAGGCUGCUGUUCCUGUACAUAUCUGGCUUCAUAUUAAUAUGUAUGUAUUGGAGCCACUUAUACAAUGAGCAUGUUUUUGUGAACUGACACCACACCUUGAUACCUAUCGAGUCUAAACAAUUUCUUUUCUGAUGUGAGUAAUAGAACUUCCAGUUGUGCUUCUUUCUUUUCCUAAAAAUGGAAAAGAA